UCUUGAUAAGAUCAUUGAAGGUGUUUCAUCUUAUUUGUGAUCAUAAUGUAUUUAUUAUUUUUUGUUUUACAUAUUAUGUUCAGCAUUACAACAGCAUUAUCUGUUAAGUUUGACAUCAUGACAGAUAAAAUAGAUAUCAUUAGCUCAUCCUAUGAACCAAACAUACUAGAUUACAUGGUUGACCUUUCAUUCUAUAGAAUGGACGUCUUACCAGCAAGAUUUUUAACCUUUGCGGUUAAAGCAUGUAAGCACGUGGCAUUGUACGCAUCGAGUUCUGACACCAAUGAUUCAUCAAAACCUCUUUAUGAAAUAGCUAUAGGUUCACAUCAGAAUACAAAAACAUAUGUAAGACGCAGGAACGAUGCAUCAUUGCAGACGAGCUCACGAAUUACUGAAGAGAGCAAAACUGAUAACAUUCUAAACUGUGCAGAAUAUAGACUAUUCUGGAUUAGUUGGGAGGCAGGAAGUGUAAAGGUCGGGUCUGGAAAUAGAGUAGGUGAAAAUGUCAUAGUAAGCUUGAUUGAUCCAGAUCCUUUAACUGUUCAAAGUUUCGGAAUCAUGACAGUGACAAAAGUAGUUGGAGAGUGGAAGGUUGAUAUCCCAGUCAAGGUCAACUUCACCGGAUAUUAUACCAGCUGUGAAGCACCUGGUAAACGAGCUGUACUUCUUAGUCUUGGUGAUGUCUCCUCGAGUGUACAGGAAUGUGCUACGAUGUGCUCACAACUCAACAGUUGUGCAGUUUUCAAUUACCAGAACCAAUAUAAAAGAUGUGAACUUCUGUCUUUUGGAAAGGACCCUUUGUCAGAUGUCCCAAAAUCCAAUGCAGUCGGAUGGCAGUACUACGCUAAAUGUUACGAUGGAAAUGAAGCAUGUUUUGGAUGCUUAUACUGAUUUUACCACGUUUUUCGAUUAGAAGACAGAAACUUUUUGUUUUGUUUCCAAGCAUAGGACACUUUGAAAUAUAUGUAUUUCACCA